AUUGGGUAUGACAAAUCAGAAGUGAAAUAAGUGAGCAACAGCAAGCAACAGGCUGCCAGCCGAAAAAAAAAAAAAAAAACAGCACUAAAAAAAGCAUCUAAGAAAUAGCUCAAGAAUCCGAGACACGUCGAAGAAAUCGAAGGAAUGGCCACCGCAUCAGCUCAUCUGCCCAUCCAGAAGCGCCAGUCGUACGCGCACAACGGUGAGCCCGGCUGCCAGGGACUGGACGAGGUAAACCGCAUGUUCCGUAACUUUUGGGACCCGACGGCCUACUGGGUGUGCGAUAAGCAGGGCACUCGCGCCCGCCUCCAGCGCUGUCCCCAGUCGCAGCUGUACUCCGAGGAGCUGGGCCGCUGCAUUCCCUACACGGACUGGUCCUGGACGGACCCCAAGGAGCCGCCAAGUCGGCCCAAGAACAGCCAGUCGGUUUCGACCAAACAGUGAUAUUUUGCUCUUAAUUUAAAUUCUACUCUCUAAGACACAAACAACCUCAAUAGGCUUACGUUUUAUGUUUACAAAAUACCUUUAUUUUUUAAAUGAAAAUAAGAACAAUAUCAGUACAAAAAUGAA